GUAGCAAAGCAGCUUAUUUGCUUGUGGAAAAUAGAAAGAAAGAAAGGAAAAAAAAGAGAAUUUGAAUGGAAGAAAAGCACAAGAAUAAAGUGAAAAUUCAAUUCAAUUUUUUUACGAAUGUUCCGAAAAUAACUUUGAAGUGAAAUCGAUUGAACGAGAGACCUCCUCAACAAAACAAACAAAAAUUGUUUUAUUUUUUUCUCUUAUCGAAUCGCAGUUUUUAUUGAUAAAGAAAUGCCAUCUUUAGAGCGAUUGGUUUAUUUGAAGAAUAUAUCGACUUGCUGUGUUGAGUAACAUUAGUUUCCAUAUUAUAAGAGUGUGUUGUGAACUGGGGAUAUUGAAUUUUUGAUAAAAGUGAUUCAACGAAACGAAAUUACAAGAACAAAUUUGUUUCGUUGGUCUUCAUCAAUGUGUGUAUGGUGUGCCUAAUGUUCCAAUGGUUUAAUAAAAAUUAAGAUUAAAAUUAUCAGUGGUGUGUUACGUCCUCGCUCAGCAAUGUUUAAAAAAAUCUAUUGGUGUAACUAGAGCGACGAUAAUAAAUUUUCUCUUUGUAUAUUGAACGUUUCCAGUCAACCUUUAUAGUUUCCACCUAUCGUCAUGACAUUGUUGGUCAUAAUGGACGCACCCGGUGAUCCAAAAUCGAACGCAACAUGGAUGCACCAUCUAUGGUUCAUCGGUCCGGCGACACAUUGAUCGUUCGAAGUGUGGUUAGUGGAGAUCAAUUGUAUCUGGACAAUAACGAGCAAGGAGUCAAUAAGUUACUUCCAUUCCACCAUAAUUCGUUCAACAAUAACAAUGACAAUGAAAGCAACGGCGAUGUGGACGAUUCGAAUCUAGACAAUACGUCCAAUUUGCCGCAGUGUAAAAUCAAACGGAACUACUCCUGCAACAAUUGCACAUUUUUCACGCAAAAUCCGAGACAUUUCCUCAACCAUUUGAAGGACGUUCAUGGUGAAAAAAUCAUCAUCAACGAAUGCAAGUACUGUUUGUAUGCAUCAAAGCAUUACCAAAAAUUGGUCAGACACAUGAAAAUGGUGCAUGGUUCAACUGACGGAUUAGAGGAACAGGCACAAUCACGGAAACGGGCAUCUCAAUUGGCUCGUGAACAGAAAAAACGGAAAAGUAGUCUCGAGGACAUCCAUCUCAAUCAACAACCGCUGUCACUAAUCCAACAGCAAACACAACCAUUAUUCGUCAAUCAAUUGCUGGCAGAACCGUCCUCCAGUCCCGAUUACACCAAUAAUAAACUACUCAAAUGUACGGUCUGUGACUACUCGACGUUGCACCGCGAAAAGCUAACGGAACAUGAACGCGAAGAGCACAACAAAACGAAAUUUUUCCGUUGUGAGAAGUGCAGCUACGUAACUCACAUCAAAGCUCGAUUCAGCAAGCACGUCAAAUACCAUUCGAUGCCAAUGAUCAAGUGUGUGCUGUGUGACUUCCGAACGCCGUACAAGUGGAACUUGGAUCGACAUAUGAAGAACCAUGGUGGCGCUGGAUUAUAUAAAUGCUCCGCAUGUAACUUUACCGCUGAUAUCAAACAGAGUCUAACCGUUCACGAAAUGAAUCAUCAUGUACCGCCGGUCGGUCAUGCAUCUGGAAUGAGCAUGGCACGCCGACGAAAUAAAGUCGGCGGAACCGACAUUGUCGAACAAUAUUCACCGAUGAAUCUCUCCGACAGCAGUGUCGGCGUGGCCAGUGGCAUCGACUUUUCCACAAACAACAACAACAACAAUUCGUCGCUGAAUAGUUACAAUGAACCGAUGGCAAAGAAAAUUCGAAUGGAGGAACACGAACAGCAGUGGUACCAAUCGAUGGCAGCGGAUUUAUCGCAAAGGCCCCACACUGAAACGGUCAGUUCGCAAAAGAAGCCCGCACGUCCAGUACCGAAUCUCAUUCCAAUCCAGCCGGCGAUAGUAAGUCCAACGGCGAUGAAUUUGAGCAUCACUCCGCGAAGUUUUCACGACAAUACACCGGCCACUAUAACGAAGAAUGAGCGUACACUGAACGACCUAGCAAUGCUACUAUCCGGUGCAGAUGCCAUGAAUUUACAGGCCUCCGAACAUAUGAUAGCAAACAGCAAGAGAAUAUUCAGAGAACUUAUGGCUCUCUCCCACCAAAAUGAAGGAUUAGUAAUCAAUCCGGAAAAUGUUGUUUCACCGCCACAGCUGUCUCCGACGUCCAGCAAUGCUUCGUCGGUGGCAAAACGAAAAACCGUAAACUUUUUCGAAGAACUGAAGGAGAAAUUUAUCGCUGCUAAUGGGGGAAGCCUAACAUGUCGGUGUGGACACUCGUCGAAGUGUCUAUCGGAGCUUUUGAUCCAUCAGAAAAUGUGCAGCAAAUAUUCGCAAUCUCCAGUGAAUCUGUCAACCGGUAGCAGCAGUGGAUCGACUCGCUGUCAAUUCUGUCGCCAGCGAUGCAAGUCCAGUACUGAUCUUAUGGUUCACAUGCAGCACUGUAUGGAGGCUAGAAGCAAUGCCGAUUCCAUGGAAUCAAUUUCUUCUGACUACGGAAGUACAGACAAAGUUGACGGAUGCGAUGAUAUUAUGGAUGAGUCGUGCGACGAGGAAAACGAAAACGAUGGCGAACCACAUCCGAUGGAACACAAAGUGUUUGUGUGGAAUAAAAUGCCAGAACGACGGGAAAAUGAUAAUGACAUUGGCGAUGAUGAUCGUGAUGACAACAACGACGAUGCGCACAAUGAAGACAGUGAAACUACUGAAGACGGACGAACAGAGAAAAGUAAAUAUUUUGCUGUCGAGACAGCACCCGGAUACGGUGAGGUGACUAAAAAGAUGAACCCCGAUGACGAACCAGCUAGUGGUUCGCUAAAGAAAGUGUUCAAAUGCCCGCAUUGCACAUUUUGGGCAUCGACAGCAUCCAGAUUCCAUGUUCAUAUCGUUGGUCAUCUGAACAAGAAGCCGUUUGAAUGUUCGUUAUGCUCAUACCGCUCGAACUGGCGCUGGGAUAUUACCAAGCAUAUUCGCCUAAAGACAAUUCGAGAUCCCAGCCACAAAACGGCCAAGGUUUUAAUGAACGAUGAAACUGGCCGUCGAAACUACACCAAGUACAACAAACAUAUCACCCUGAUGAAAGUGGACGCUGAAGACGGAGAUCCUAAGCUGCUAAAGUCCGGCGAAAUGACACCAAGUCAAGAAGCGAAUCUUUCAUUCCUUCAGAAAAGUGAAUCAAACAUUCCGCAGAAAGCGAAAGCGAACGAAGUGAUCGAUUUGGAUAAUGAAAUUCCGUUGUCAUUGGUGAAGCCAGUCGUUUCUUUUGACCUGACCGGCAGAUCAACAUCGUCUUCAGCAGUCACUGUUGGAGAAGAAGAACAGGAUCUAAAUAAACAGGCGAAAGCUAAUAAAAAUGAUUCGAAGGUGACAUCGUUCAAGUGCAAGAAAUGCAACUUCCGUGACGCUAAUCGAGAUGUGGUCUUGAAUCACGUUAAGGGACACUACCAGGAAGCUGGAAUUAAGUUCGAAGAUAAAAAUGUGCCUGCAGCAGAACUGUCUCAACAAAUCAUUUCUCAACCGAAUCCAUCCCCACCGAUAGCCGCAGCUAGUCCAAUACCUACACCAUCGUCAUCGCAAACCAGCAAAUUAUACAGCAAGCUACUCUCAGCGGCAAUGGGUUUUCCCAAUUUGAAUGUUCCACCGCAAUUGCACCCGACGGCACUGAAGUCCUUACAACUACACAACCAGGAUCUUCAUUCAGCGCCAUUAAAUUUACAAAAGCCUGUAACGCCACAACCACCACAAUUGGUUCCAGCCGAUAUGUCAACGGCCACUUCAUCAUCAUCAUCAUCGUCAACAACUGCGUUGUCAGCAGCUGCUGCUGUUGUUGUAUCAGAAACAGCACAACCAACAAUUGAGCACGGUGAGACGGAUGAGGCAAGUUCUCUGGGUACUUCGGUGACAGGUUGGCGAGACCCAGCACCCUAUCGCUGUGGUCAUUGCCAUCAGAUGUCUAAUUGGAAGCAUGUCAUUCAGCGUCAUUGCCGUUUGAAGCACAAUGGCGACAUCAAUAUCGAGGUAAUCGAAAAGCGCAAUUCAAAUAAACGGACAUAUGUGCGUCUUAACUGUCCCAGUUCAUCCGGUCAACGUAGCAGUCAUCAUGAUAUGACCGAAAGUGGCAGUGAAGAUGUUAUGGAACAUCAUGCAAUAUCACAAUCACCCAGCGUAUCACAGCAACUAUCCUCCACCAACAAUGCAGAACAAUUUAAUCAAUUGGCCGGCAAUUAUUCAACAGAAAAUGCUACCGAAUCACCGAAAAAUAUGGAAACGGAUCAUGACGAUGCGAAAUCACUCCCCAACCAAUCGAAUCCACCGAAUCAACUCAUUCAACUUUUGAAUAAGAAACCGAAGCGCUAUCAAUGCCCCUCGUGCCCGUAUGUGAGUCCAUGUCGUUCGCAGCUGGAGAGCCAUCACAAAUUCCACAAUCAAAACGAGUGCAGUACGUUCCAGUGUCGACAUUGUAGUUAUAAUGUGACCAAAAAGCAUCUGCUCUACCAACACCAAAAGAUGCACGAAUAUGAAAAGGUCGGUAGAGACGAGACCAACGAGGAUAGCAGUGCAUCGGAAGCCAUCGAUUUGACCAGCAGUCUGCCCAAAUCUUCGGAUGGUCAACAUGAAAAGCAAUUGAUGUUCUGCAGCUACUGCCCGGCACGAUAUUUGAACGAAAAAGAACUGAAAGGUCAUACGAAGAUGCAUGCAUCAUUUUUCCCAUAUCGGUGCGCUAUCUGUACGUACACAUCGCGACAAGAAUCGUACAUUGAAACACACUUGAAUGUUCAUACCAGUAGCUACCAACAGAAGACAAAGUUGAUGCUCAAUGAAUUCGACAUCAAAUCCGACUGUCCGCAGCCAAGACUAUCAACCAUUCCAACGGAACACAAUGACGAUAACGUUUUCUGGAUCGUCAGCGAAUACAAUCCGAAACCUCGACCGAAUGCUGGCAGCUCGAACAAUGACAUGGAUUUGGAUGAUAUGAUAUCGGCCAGCAAAGUGCCGAACAAAACAUUCGCCAGUCCACCAAAAAUACCACCCGUUCACGAUUCACCAUGCAAACCAUCAACGUCGAUCGAUAGCAUCGCAUCGCCACCACCACCGACUACACACAAAACGAUUCUACUACAGUCGCAAGGACUCCAAAAUCGCGAAUCGAAACAAAACAAAAUCGUCAUCAGCAAACCGGAGAAAUGUCCGCAUUGCCCAUUCUGUACAACCAAACCGGACGUGCUGAAAGAGCACAUGCAAUGCCAUGUCACCGUUUCGGGCACACAGAAUCCGAACAACUGUGACCACUGUGACUAUUCCGUGUCCGACGAACUGGUGCUGAAAGAGCACAUCAAACUACAUUUCUGUGCGUCGUCGCUGUCGCCGACGCUGAUUUCGAACCGAAAAUCUGUGGCCUUUUUUACGUGUUACGAUGGACUGACGUUGAGCGGGAAAAUGGAUUCGGAUGUGGAUGGGCAUGAAAGUCGUACGAUCUAUCCGAUUGCCGACGAUCAGGAAAUGGAGAGUGUCAGUGACAAAGAGAAUAAGAAAAUUAUCGUCGAUAUUAAUACAGGUGAAGAAAUGAAGUAAAAUGAGGGGAGAAUUUUUGUUUUUGAUAGACAUAAACGGGGGCUGCAAGUCAGCCGCGCAAAUGCUACGACUAAUAUAAAUAAUAUUUAGAGUAAAUAUUGUAAUACACCGGGGCCAUAUCACCACAACCGAUUUUUUUUUAAGUUGAUGAAGAGAAAAUAUUUAAAAAAAAAAUUAAACAUUUGGAACGUUGGAUCCAACACUGUUCAUGAAUGAAUUGCUAAUUAUUUUUCUUCUUUUGUUUUUUUUUUUUUAAUUUUACGCAAACGUCUGUGUUGAGGCUCACAGAUGCUGUUAAUAUUUAUUUUGUUGUUAAAAAUAGAAAAGAAAUUUCUUCUUCUUUUGUGAAUGGUGGGCGCUUUCGCAGCAACCACCAAUCAUAGAGAAGAUAGAGACGGGUGUUGGCCAUAAUUAGAAAUCGCUAGUUGUAACUCUUUUUAUCAAAGGCACAUUUCAUUAGUCAUAUAGGUUUACGUUACCCUUUACCAGCGUUAAUUGUUAAACGACACAAAAAAUGUAAUUAUAAUUUAGAUGAA